GGAAAGCCAACAGAAUUGGAAUCUCGAUUUCGUCUGACGUACAGUAUGAUUUUGAAUCUUCUACGAGUGGAAGCUCUGAGAGUUGAAGACAUGAUGAAGCGUAGCUUUUCUGAGUUCCAUAUGCAGAAGAAUGCUAAAGUUAAUGAAAAGAAUCUGGAAGAACUGAGUGAGAAAAUGAAACAACUGAAAGAGAUCCAGUGCAGUCAAUGUCGAAGUGAUCUCCAAGAAUAUUAUGUGACGUGUAAGGAAAUACAUUCCUUGCGACACUCUUUGCAGAAACUCAUUGUUACAAAUCCCCACGCUGCAAAGGCCCUCACACCAGGUCGUAUCCUGGUAAUCAACUACGGUAAUCUUCGGAACUUACUCGCAGUUCUUUUGUCCGUGAGUGGUAGUUCCAGCACUGUCCGCACAUUCACAGUGCUCAUAAUAACUGACGCAAAUGCAGAUUCACCCAUCAGUCAAUCAGUUUCAAAUGCCACGAUGCCGAUAACGCCGACGAGUAAAAGGUUAUAUCAUCCAGAGGGUACAUGCGGACACACUGUUGUAGAGGUCAAAGGUGAAAAUAUCAGUGUAAUAACAACAAGAACCAUGAAAGUGUCAGGUGAUAAAGUCAUUGAGGAUUACAAAAAAAGACAAAUUCCAAGGUUUAGGGAUGCACCUCCUGGUCCAUCGUGUAGCAGUGCUACUCAGGAAUUAUUAAGACUUAUAGAAAGUAACCCAGAUGGUAUGGAAGCCAUGGAUCCAGUCACUGACUUCCAAAUCAGGGACAUUGACAUUGUUGAACAGUUUUACCAGAAAAAAAUGAUGGAAAAUUCAAUUUCCAAAUAUAAAUGUCUCAAUUGUUCACAGUUUGAACAACAUUUUAAUCUAAUGCAUGAAAACAUGAAAAUCAAAGACAAAUUCCAUCACCUGAAGUAUCUUUUAUCAGAUCAGAGUCUUCAGCUUCUACCAGAGUAUGAACAAAGAAUUAAUGUAUUAAGAAGCCUACGAUACAUUGAUGACAGCAACACAGUGCAGCUGAAGGGAAGAGUUGCUUGUGAAAUAAGCAACCAUGAAUUGAUUAUUACAGAGCUGGUGUUUGAGAACAUACUCACAUCACUACAUCCCAAUGAGAUUGCUGCCUUGUUAUCAUGCAUGGUUUUCCAAGAACGUCGCUGCUCUGAACCAGAACUAACUGAAACACUUGAAAAGGGUCAGGAACAGAUAGUGUCAGUGGCAACUCGCAUUGGAGAGUUACAGAAACAGUGUGGUCUCACAGAACCUGUGGAAGACUAUGUAGCUCAGUUUAAAUUUGGAUUAACUGAAGUCGUUUAUGAAUGGGGAAGAGGAAUGCCUUUUUCGGAGAUUACCGAUCUGACCGAUGUACAGGAAGGCAUUAUUGUAAGGACUAUACAGCGACUAAAUGAAGUAUGUAUAGAUGUUCGCAAUGCUGCACGUAUUGUAGGUGAUCCUACGCUGUAUCAGAAGAUGGAAGAAGCUUCUAAUGGCAUCAAGCGAGAUAUAGUGUUCGCUGCUAGCUUGUACACUCAGUAAACUUUCUGAAUUCAAAUUUCUGAAAAUUGCUGAAUAUCU